AUGUCCACUGUCAGCAGCAGCUCGAGGCCGGGAACACAGCAGCAGCCGAAGCCGGAGAAGCCGAACUGGCGAGUCUCAUUCGGGUUCUGGACGAAGCUCGACGCACUCUAUCACUCGUUUUCGCCUCCAUCGAAGCCGCGCUGCCCGAGUUUGCCGUUUGACUCCGCAUCGGAAUGGAAGAAGCGUCUAGUACCCGGCGACAUUGAGAGAUUCUUGGACAAUCCAGCGGCAGUUGCUUGCAUUCGUGCAGUCAUUAGUAGAAUAGACACCGACACUGCACCCGCGCUCACCAACUUCCUUAUCAGCGGAGGACAUUCCACUGGUAAGGCCUCAUUUACUGGUAUCCUUCGUAAAACGCUUCAGACAGCGACAUUUGAGCAACCGUGCCGCUUCUUCUCGCUCAACGCUAGCGUCUUUGCCGAUAAAGUGCUACAGAGCAAACUAGAAGACGCAGUCAAGCGCCUUGAUGCCUCGAAAGCUGGUGCUCCAUCAUUUCUAAUCAUUGAACGAUUCGAAAGUGUUACUCCUAGCACGCAGCAGCAUUUCUUUCUUCCUCUGCUUGCAGAAGCGAAUCUGAAAAGAGUUUUUGUGAUUCUGCUUGUGCGUCCCGAUGCAAACAAGCUUGCCGAGCAAAUAAGGACUCAAUCCAUGACUGUGCCUUUGCGUCCUUUGUCAGCUGAUCUCGUCCGAACGAAACUGCUGCUAAUAUGCAAACAAGAACGGAUUGGAUACACACGAGAAGGGCUUGAAGCGCUUGCAAAAAUUUGCUCGUUUAAGUUGGUACCCUCUAUGGAGAAACUACACGAAGUUUUCCUCAAACAAUACUUCAUCAGCCAAGCCAACGUGAUGAAAGUUUGCCAGCCGACAUUUAGCAUGAGUUCACCUGCCGUACCGCCAUUUCCCCUUUCAAUUAUCCAGAUGAGCAAACCACUUCGUCGCUGCCCCAAGUGCACCCUACUUCCUCCAUGUUCUCAUAUUCCACUAGAGAAACUAUUUUCCAGGAUCGAUCAGACACGAGCGCUUUACCCGAACAACGGACAGAAGAAAACUGCACCUGAGCGACCGAUUUGCCCUUCGUUCAGGCAACGCGGAAUCUGCAUUAACGUUCAAAAACUAGGGCGAUGUCGCUAUGCACACCCGUUAGAUCUCCACGUUAUUGACACGACGGCACUGGCUUCAAGAUGCCAGGCGCACACAUUACCUCUGCCUUGCAUGCAUUGCAGCAAUGCCGAGCAGCUCAAACUUGAUUUCCGAAAGGAGACGACAGCAUGCGAAAAUCUGAAACGUGAGUUGUUACACUGUCGUCAAGCACUUGCAGAUCUUGAGACCCAGCGCUACGUGUUUGCCCGUGAUCGAGGAAAGACUGCAAAGUGGGGAGGAGCGAAAAAAGCAGCGGACGAGCAACUAGCGCGAAUGGAUGCGACGCUGAGCGCUUCAGAAAGCAGAAUCGCAGGCAUGAAACAAGAGCUGAUGACUCGCCAGGAAGAUCUUUUAAAACUUCAAGACGCAGCAGUUCACGGACGUAGUAGAGGUCUUGGCAAAGGCCGCGGUCAAAUCGAGCGAAAUAAAGCUGCAGCCGUGGCAACUGUCUAG